AUGCAGCAUUUGAGCUCUUUGCUGGCAUGUAUCGCACUCGUAUUUGUCCGGAUUGUUAUAUGCACGGGAGAUAAGUCGGUUAUCAACAACGAAGCACCUCUGAUUUCUGAUAUAUGGGAUUACGACCAUUGCAUAGAUGUACUACGUAACGAGUCCGAAGCUUCAGAACAAAGACAGGCAGAUCUAGUUUCCGUGGAUUAUGCAAAAAGAAAAUUCGUUGAGCCAUCGGGGUUUGAGCUUACUAUGGCCUUGGAUUGGUACCCUACAUUUGAAAAUGAGCGACGUCACCAGCAGUACGAGCUUCUUUCUUUGUCACAAAAGCAUGCACUUUCCAGCUUGGAGUACCUGGCAGAUUUCCGUGAUGACGACAAGUCUGCCUAUCUGUUGGGCGAGAUUUAUUUAUACGGUAACUAUUCGAUUCCUAGAAGCCCGCAGAAGUCUGUGGGGUAUCUUGAGAAAUCUGUUACUGCCAACAGUACUGCCACGAAUUGGUUCUCGCAUGCACAUUAUCUCUUAGGCUUCUGCUACUCAACGGGACUAUUUGGAGAGGCUGAGGUCAAUUAUGGUAAGGCUUUGCUUCAUUAUACAUUCGCUGCAGAUAUGGGCCAUAUACGUGCAGCAAUGGCUUUGGGUUAUCGAUACUAUAUGGGUCUCUCCGUAGAGAAGAACGAGCAGUUGGCGUUGUACUACUAUUCGAGGGUUGCACGGCAUUGCACGGACACUUAUAAAUCAGAAGGAGGUCCUGCUGCUAACCUCAAUGUCACUAUCAAUGGCUUCGAGGUGCCUCUUUUGGCUCCUAAUCUCGAAAGCUAUAACGUCAGAUUGAGUGACUUUAACGACGGCUUGUUCGGACAUGGCGUUAGUGAAGUUAAGUCUUCCAUUAAACAGGAGGAUCCUUUAUCUAUGGAUCCGUCAUUGGCCGAUCUCGAGGAUUUGGAUAAUCCUACAGAUCAUUAUCUUGCCCAACUUUACAAAGGAUACCUUCGUAACUAUGAAGGAAGAUAUCUGAUGUCGCAUAACUACACAAGAGCAUUUAUUUUAGCAAAGGGGUGUGCUCUAGAGGGUCUCAAGUUACCUUCUGUUCGUUACUAUAAGAAAACUAGACGUAUAGAUCGUACCCUUGAAGUGAUUCUCACUGCCAAAUGCGCAUAUGCUGUGGGUCACAUGUAUUUAAGAGGAGAAGGGACGCCUCAAAACUUUACAGCAGCUCGUUCAUGGCUUCAAAGCUCCUGGUCUUUGGUGCAAUCUGUUCGUACUGCCGCCGAUCUUGGUAUUAUCUAUCAAUAUGGAUUGGGUCUUGAAAAGCCAAAUCCGGCCAAGGCCAAGUCUUUGUAUGCCAACUUUUAUGGAUUUUCUGCCAUAAACUAUCAGUCUGGCCUACUUAUGCUCUCACAGAACGAUCCAUUGGGGUGGAAAUUGAUUUCCCUGGCCUCAUACGAUAAAUAUGCUCCCGCUCUAUACAGUUUGAUGCAAUCAUAUUCUCAAGGAAAUCCUUUAGGCUUGCACAAAAGUGUUGCACUUUCAAAUGCAAAGGCGCUAGCUGAGCUGAUUGAACCCGCUGUAUCAGACUUGAAGUGGGCCUUUUCGCAGGUUAUGAAAGGUGACAACGAGAAAGCCCUAGUUGCAUAUGGAAUGGCGGCAGAAGCUGGCUUUGAGUCUGCACAAUCGUCUGUUGCUUAUAUGCUUUAUCCGCCUACAGGAUAUUUAGAGGAAGCGCCUCAUGUACCAUUAGAACGAUUCCAAUCGGCAGUGAGGUUUUAUAGAGAGUCUGCUCGACAGGGGAAUAUCGAUUCUAUGGUAUUUUUGGGAGAUUUAUACUGGUCGGGAAUGACAAAUGAAACGAAAAAGUCAAACGAGACCUCAUUUCUUGUGUCUCCUGAUCUCGAAGCUGCUGUGGGAAUUUACAGAGAUGCAUCUAACAAGAGAUCGCAUCAAGCAUCAUACAAUUUAGGCCAUGCAUACGAGGCAGGACUUGGCGUUCCGUUGGACUUACAUCUUGCCAAGAGAUACUACGAUAAGGCUCUCAUUAUUAACCCUGAUGCGUACAUUCCGGUGGAGUUGGCUCUUAUCAGGUUGAAGCUGAAACGAUGGUGGUUUCGUUUAAUUGGUGUUGAAUGUACCGAAUCAUCCGAACAGGACGAUGGAUUCCCUCGACGCAAGUGGCGAGAAUUACUAAAUCUAUACGACAAAUUGAGACAGAGGCAGAUCGAAGGUUCGGAUAUUAAUCUGUCUCCAACUGGGGAUAUGGCUGCACAGGGAGGGAAAGAUGGAGCUGGAGAAGAUGCCGGAUCUGACUUCGAUUCAGAUGCAGAUGCUGCUUCCGUUACUGGUGCAGAGAAUAACAACAAUGGAGAUUCAUUCUACUUUGAAGCCAAUGGAGAUCUUGGAGUAGAAGAUCUUCUGUUUACAGGAAUGUUUCUAUCAUUUAUUGGAUUUACGAUAUAUGCUAGAUGGAGAGCAGCAAGAAGAAGAAAUGCUAACAAUGAUAACCAUCAAAAUGAAAAUGAAAACGACAAUGCAAAUGGAAACGCUAAUGCCAACAUGCCCCGGCCGGCUGCACCACCACCAUUCCAGUUUAACUUCAUGGUUAUUCCUCUAUAA